AUGACUAAACGACUGCGGCAGUUUUUCAUCACCGGAUAUCGGAACUUCCGAGAAUCGGGGAGAGCUGGCGGCAUUGAAAGCGCACUGACUAGAAGCAAAGAAGUGCCAAUCCCGGAAACGCCGGAGGAUGAAGUCCCAAUGCUAUAUGCAGAAGAGUAUUCUGAUUAUGGAGAGGAAAUGGAAGACCAGCCUUCUUGCAGGAAAAUCUCAUGCAGAAAAGCAUUCCUCUUCCUGGGAUUCCUCAUCGUGGGUUUCUGCCACCAGACAGAAGAAAGGAGAUUCCACAACCAUUCCGUCGUCCGAGUCGUCCCCCACGAUCUGGCAUCCUUGGAUGCCAUCCGAAAAUUCCGACUCUCCCACUCCGAGCUGGAUUUCUGGAGGGAGCCAUCCAAGGUGGAUUCCCCUGUGGACUUCAUGGUCGGUCCGGAGGAUCAGGGUGAUAUUCUCAGUGAACUCCGACGAGACGGUUUCCACGCUCAAGUCAUCAUUCCCGACGUCCAAAGGUCAUCUGUAUUUUCUUAA